AUGUCCCCGGUGGCUCUGCGCAUGAGCAGCAAAACACUACUGCCCCUGUCUCCAUUGCUCCGACUGUCCACCGCCUCACCGACCCUCGCCCGCUCUCGUUCGCCCAGUCCACGCACAUCAGCAACGCUGGCUCCCCCCACUCGACAAGCCCCUCCUCCCUCCUCCCUCUCGUCCUCCUCCUCCUUCUCUUCCUCCUCCUCCCCUCAACAAGCAAAUUUGUCUUCGUCAUCAUCGUCAAGAGUUCGUUCGUCGGUCAGCUCCGCGUCAACUCGUGCUGCUCUUCUUUCUAGACAUUUUUCUUCGUAUACCCCGCCGCAAUCGCCCAACAUGUCUUACACCGUUCGCAAGAUCGGCCAGGCCAACACCCUGGAGCACCGUGUCUACAUUGAGAAGGAUGGCGUCCCGGUUUCUCCCUUCCACGACAUUCCCCUUUACGCCAACCCUGAGCAGACAAUCCUCAACAUGGUUGUUGAGAUUCCCCGCUGGACCAACGCCAAGCAGGAGAUCUCCAAGGAGGAGUUCCUGAACCCCAUUAAGCAGGAUGUCAAGAAGGGCAAGCUCCGUUUCGUCCGUAACUGCUUCCCCCACAAGGGUUACCUCUGGAACUACGGUGCCUUCCCCCAGACCUGGGAAGACCCCAACGUUGUUCACCCCGAGACCAAAGCCAAAGGUGACAACGACCCGCUCGAUGUCUGCGAGAUCGGUGAGCUUGUUGGCUACCCCGGUCAGGUCAAGCAGGUCAAGGUUCUUGGUGUGAUGGCUCUGCUCGACGAGGAGGAGACCGACUGGAAGGUCAUCGUCAUUGAUAUCAACGACCCUCUUGCCCCUAAGCUCAACGACAUUGAGGAUGUUGAGCGUCACCUUCCUGGCCUUCUCCGUGCUACCAACGAAUGGUUCCGUAUCUACAAGAUCCCCGACGGAAAGCCCGAGAACCAGUUUGCCUUCUCUGGCGAGUGCAAGAACAAGAAGUACGCUCUCGAUGUUAUCCGCGAGUGCGCUGACGCUUGGGAGAAGCUCAUCACCGGCAAGAGCCCUCGUGGCGAUAUCAGCCUUGCCAACACUUCUGUUGAGAACUCCACUGACCGCGCCGACCCCUCCCAGCUUGCCAGCAUCCCCAAGGGCGAGAACCUCCCUCCUGCCCCCAUUGAUGGCAGCAUUGACAAGUGGUUCUUCAUCUCUGGUGCUGCUGUUUAA